AUGUUACUCUUUCUUCCAUUCACUGUCUUUUUCAUAUAUACUCAAGCCAAACCAUUGAAGGGCGUCGGCUCUACAAGUCCGUCUAAUCAUUGUGAUGAAAUCGAUCGUCUGAAUGUUGUUUGGUACUAUAAUUGGUUGCCGAAAUCGAACUGCACAUCGAGUCCAACAGCUCAAUUCAUUCCAAUGAUUUGGAGCGAUGCCUUUCUGGACCAACUACCGUUAGCAAACAGCUCGGGUGCACCAGUUUUACUCACUUUCAAUGAGCCAGAUUUCGACCAGCAAAGCAACAUGACUGUUGAACUUGCUGUUUCUCUUUGGCCACAAAUUGAACGAGGAAUCAGUUUUCAAAUGAAAAUCUCUUCGCCCGCACCAACAUCUUCACCAGCUGGACAACGAUGGCUCUUACAAUUUUUAACUUUGUGUAUACACUGCCGCAUUGAUAUCAUUGCCUUGCAUUACUACAACGCUUGUGACGUAGACACUUUCUUCGCAUUCCUUGACAGUUGGGCAAUUUUUGGUUUACCUCUUUGGCUCACUGAAUUCGACUGCAUGAAACGAUCUGAAGAAGACAAUAUAACGUUUGCACAGUCAGUGAUUCCUUUGAUGGCAAAACGAGCACCGUCGUUGCAGCGCUUUGCUUGGUUUGCUACUCGUACUGAUAUAAAAGACAAAUACUAUUAUGGCUGUGCACUAAUGAAUGCAACGACAUCGGAAUUAACAGAACUCGGUAGUGUCUACCGAGCUUUGUGA